AUGGGACUGCUCGUCAAGCUCGGCCUGCGCCGUCGCGUCAAGUGGGAGCGUCCGACGGUGCUGGACUGGCUUCUAGACUCGCCCCUCCAGGCGUUCGUCUUCCAUCUAUACCGCGUGAUACUAUGGCUGCGCGGCAAUCCUGUAAAGCCGCCGCGGAACGGCAGCCGACCGCCCAUCAAGAUCGUCUUCCUCUCCGACACGCACGAGUCUAUAGUUGAUCGCGUACCCGACGGCGAUCUGCUCAUCCACUGCGGAGACAUGGUCAACGACGGCACCGCUGUCUCUAUCCAAAAGCAGGUGGAUUGGCUCGCCUCGCUGCCGCACCAGCACAAGGUCGUGGUCUGUGGUAACCACGACAGCUGGUUCGACGUCAACGCCCGGGACGAGGCCGACACGCUCGCCCAUCGUUCCGUCGAUAUGAAGAGCUUACGUUACCUCGAGCGUGAGUCCGUCACCCUCGCCUUCAAGGGCGGCCGCAAGCUGAAUCUUUACGGCGCCCCGGAUAUUCCUUGGUGCGGAGGCCCGGAAAACGCAUUCCAGUAUACGGACCAGCAGAACCCAUGGGACGGCACCAUACCCAUGGAUACCGAGAUCCUGAUAACGCACACACCACCGCAACACCACCUCGACUUAUCCAUCGGCUGCCCACACCUGUUGCGCGAGGUAUGGCGCAGGAAGCCGAAGGUGCACGUCUUCGGCCACGUGCAUUGCGGCCGGGGCAUGCAGCCUGUGUUCUGGGACGACUGCCAGAAGGCAUACGAGAAGGUCAUGUCCCGCCAGAAACGAGGGCCUCUCUACGACAUGCUCCCGCACGCUGGCUGGCUGGAUGCGUGGAGGGUCCUGCAGUACGGCGUCGUGAGCGUCCUCUGGCACUGGUUCAUGCUGGGCGGGGCGGCCGACGGGAGCGUCAUGAUCAAUGCUGCCAUGCAAGACGGCACAUCGGGGAGAUUGCUCAAGAAGCCCCCCUUCACGAUAGAGAUAUGAGAUAAAACGCUUCGCAGUUAACGCAUAUCCCCAUAUCUGCGUAAAGGGGCAUGGGACAGGAGCAAAGGGGGCGCCUACAACCCUACAACUACGGGACUAGGACGCAGAAAACAGCGGUCUCGCGGAAAUUUGAUUGCCUUUCAACGCCUUUUGAUCCUAUCGAGGCUCGCCAGUGGACUCUCCCCCAAAGCCCAGAUCCAACUGGCGUGCGACGGUGACUCGGAUACGGAUGCCGAGGGUGCCGGAUUGCCGGGGAUAGUGCUGCCAG